AUGAGUUCGUUCCUUGUAACUGGUGCAUCCAGAGGCUUCGGGUUGGCACUUGUUCGCCAACUUGUUUCCCUCCCAGCCACAGACGUAAGCACAGUCUUUGCAGCUACGCGAGGUCCAUCUGCGGAGAUAGAUGAACUCGCCAAGAACUCGUCUGGCCGAGUUGUUGCUGUCAAGCUAAAUGUUGCAAACGAAGCAUCUGCAAAGCAGGCAGCAACAGAGGUUGAGGCAAAGCUAGAGGGACGUGGCCUAGACGUCCUGAUUAACAAUGCCGGAAUCUGCCAGUAUGCACCGGACGGCGUCAAGUCGAUGGAUAAUCUCACAGAAAGCUUCAACAUCAACGUCCUCGGCGUCCACUGGGUGACCCGAGCAUUCCUCCCACUUCUGCAGAAGGGCAAUCUCAAGAAGGUCGCCAACAUCUCUACCUCACUGGCAUCCAUCACGCAAGCCCGCGCGGCCCACUACCUCCCUGGCCCAGCCUAUAAGAUCUCAAAAGCCGCGAUGAACGCGCUUACGAUGCAGUACGCCCUGGAUCACGAAAAGGAGGGCUUCUCGUUCAUCGCGCUCUGCCCCGGCUGGUUGAAAACCGACCUUGGUGGUGGCGAUAUGGCGGAUUUGACCCCUGAGGAGGGCGCCAAGGCGUCGUUGGACAUCAUCUUCACACCGGGCCAGAAGUACAACGGGCAAAUGCCCAAGGUCUUUAUCAAGGGGUGGGAGAAUGCCAAGGGGCCUAACGUAUACGAUGGGACGAGUGUCCCGUGGUAA